AUCCAUUCCGACGACAAUAACUCUCUCUGAUGCGCUUCAAGUGACUAUUCCAUUGAGUCUGUCCCAAUGUAAAUUUGAUCUCUCAUUGGGGACAGUGUUGCUCUUCAAUCCUCAUCUUUCGCGGGUGGAGGACCACUCGCUCGGAUCAUUUUUUCGAUGAAUUGCCCUCGGACAAUUUCUUUAUUCUCGCCCAUCCCUAAAGCCAUGUAUGCGAGCAGAGGAGGAUGGCCAACGUAUGAGGCAUAGGAGUCCCGAACGAUGUUGUUCUUCCAUUCAUAUGUAGUGGUGUCUGCAUGGCCGGUGCCGACAUAUUUGGCCUGGAGGGACUCGAGUUGCUGCAAGGUACGGAGUUUGUCGGCCAUAUUUGAGGACAGUCAGGUUUGCGAGAAGGAAGGAGAGUGGAGGAUCGGAAAUUGUCGAAGGGGUUCGAGAAGCGACAGUACCCGAACUCGAGGCCAAGGGCGCGCGGUAGUUGUUGGGAUGGCUUUUCUUUUCGAGAAAGACUCUUGAAAUCUGUGUUUCUACGAGAAAUCCGCUUCCGAAGACUCAACCAAAAUGGGGUAGGGUUGCAAGGCUUUCGGGACUCACGCAGCAAUGCCCGGAUCCGGUGGCCUAAUCUCGCGCCUAUUGUGCCUAUGGGCGCCUGUGAAGUUCACCCAGAGAAGCCCCGAGAUCGCUCCUACUUCAACGCCCGGAAACCCCACGUCGGCGCAACAGAGAUGGUCCGAUGCGUGCGCACCAACCCACCUCAGCCUGUUCCCCCUCGGCUCAGAGUCCGUCAUCGCUCCUUUUGCCGAGCUAACAGCGCAAGACCCGACUGAAGCAGAGUCGAGAAGCUGCAAAACCAUGCCCUCGAGAACAACAUCCUCGGGACGACUCGUAUCAGAAUCUGUCAACCUGUGGCGCCUUCCGGUUUACUAACCCGUCACCGCUCGCAAUCCACCUCGUGCAUCUACCGCCUUCCCCAUGAACCCGCUCAGGACUGCGCUGGUGGGCGCUGCAACUAGACGAACACUCUCGUCCUCCUCACCUUCUUUCCGGAUGGCUUCAGUCGCUUCGAACAGAUUGUCAGCAGAGAGUAGGAGGAUCUCAGUGGGAAACAUGCCACAAAGUCGAAAUGCCUCGGGCGCGGCGGCGCAGAAAAUUAAGGUCAAGAAUCCAAUCGUCGAGCUCGAUGGCGACGAGAUGACCCGUAUAAUCUGGCAGGAUAUCAAGGACAAGUUCAUUCACCCAUACCUCGACGUCGACCUGAAGUACUACGAUCUGGGUCUACCGUACCGUGAUGAGACAGACGACCAAGUCACGAUCGACGCUGCCGAGGCUAUCAAGAAGUAUUCGGUGGGAGUCAAGUGUGCUACCAUCACACCUGACGAGGCCCGAGUCAAGGAAUUCAACCUCAAGAAGAUGUGGCUCUCUCCCAACGGCACCAUUCGUAACAUCCUCGGUGGUACCGUUUUCCGCGAACCCAUCGUGAUCCCACGUAUCCCCCGCCUGGUACCUGGUUGGGAAGCACCCAUCAUCAUCGGCCGUCACGCCUUUGGCGACCAGUACCGUGCCAAGGACGAAGUCAUUCGCGAAGCCGGUACACUUGAGAUGGUGUUCACCCCCAAGUCUGGUGGCGAGGCCACGCGCGUGAAAGUAUUCGACUUCCCUGCCACCGGCGGUAUUGCACAAACACAAUACAACACCGACGACUCAAUCCGAGGCUUUGCACACGCAAGCUUCAAGUUUGCGCUUGACCGCGGGUACCCCUUGUACAUGAGCACCAAGAAUACGAUCCUCAAAGCGUAUGAUGGACGAUUCAAAGAUAUCUUCCAGGAGAUCUAUGACAAGGAAUAUGCCAAGGAAUUCGAGGCAAAGAAGAUCUGGUAUGAGCACAGACUGAUCGACGAUAUGGUGGCUCAGAUGAUCAAGAGCGCCGGUGGCUUCGUUAUUGCGAUGAAGAACUACGACGGUGAUGUCCAGAGUGAUAUUGUCGCGCAGGGCUUCGGAUCACUGGGUCUGAUGACAAGUCAGCUCAUCACCCCAGACGGACUGACGUACGAGUCCGAGGCAGCCCACGGAACAGUCACACGACACUACCGUGAGCACCAGAAGGGCCGGGAGACCAGCACAAACCCGAUCGCGAGUAUCUUCGCGUGGACGCGGGGACUGGUCAAGCGUGGCAACCUCGACGAGACGCCGGAGCUUGUCACGUGGGCAGAGAGCCUGGAGAAGGCCGUCAUUGACACGGUGAACGAGGACGGCAUCAUGACCAAGGAUCUUGCGUUGGCAUGUGGCAAGAAAGAGCGCGAGGCGUGGGUCACGACCUCUCAGUUCAUGGAGGCCAUUGAGCGCCGCUUCAAGAAGGUCUUGGCCGGCGAGGGAUUGAAGAACUAAACAACUGUCUAGCGUACGGAUACGCAGCGUCCUGUUUGAUCUAAAACCCACCCAUCGCCGAACCAGGUACGAAUUUUCUGGGGAUGUCCUUGGAGUUUCCACAUGAUAGAUCCACCAUGAUGAGGAAAGAACAAUCGAAUCAGCAUUUCACAUCAAGACGAGAGCCAAAAAAUAGAGCAGAUCAGAUCUUCCCAGCAGCACUCCAGCCGGCCAAGCCGGGCAUCUGGAAGCAGGGGGGUUUUUUCGUUCAAAGGGGGGCCGAUCCUUUUCUGAGAAAUCUGAUCUGAUCUGAUCUGGCCAGAGCUUUCGAAAGGGGGGCGCCUGGCUUAUCCCUAGCCAAACAUAGUCUUUUUGCAACGUUGUCUUGCGUUUUUGUGUUUUGGAUUUUUCUCAUACAAACUACCUAGGCAUCUAGAUACUCGUAGAAAGAAGACAAGACUUUAUAGAAAGAGAGACAGAGAAAGCAGUCGGCAUUCAAUCAAUUCUCAAAAAAA